AUGCAGCAUAUCGUGCGUGUCGGGGUCAGCCUCGGCUUCCUUGCGGCGACAGCGGCGACAGCGGCGGCCGCUACGAUCGGCGGCAAGUGCACCAACACCAUUGUGCGCGACGUUGCCGUCAUCGGUGGCGGUGCCUCCGGUGCCCACGCUGCAGUCUGGCUGCGCGACAAUGGUUACAGCGUUGUGGUCGUCGAGAAGGCCGACCAACUGGGCGGCCACACCAACUUCUACAGGGACCCGGUCACGGGCAAAGAGAUCAAUGUCGGGGUGCAGGCCUGGAUGGAGUACAAGGACAGCUUCGAGUUCCCCAAGCGCAUGAACGUGUCGACUAGCGGGUCCAUGUCCUUCACGCCCAACACGGCCCAGUACAUCGACUUCACGACGGGGCUGCCCGUUGCGGGCUACAAGGCGCCCGCGACCGAGGAGAUGUACGCGGCCCUGCAGAGGUACCUCGACGUGCUCGAGAAGUACGAGGACAUGGUGCUGCCGGGCUUCUUCAACUUCCCCGAGCCGGGCGCCAUCCCCGAGGACCUGCUCAUGCCGUUCGGCGAGUUCGUAGCCAAGUACAACCUCGAGGCUGCCGUCCCCCAGAUCUGGGACUCGACCGCCCAGGGCCUCGGCGACACCAUGAACGUGCCGACCCUCUGGGUCAUCCAGGCCUCGGGCGUCCCCAUGGUCCGCGCCCUGCUGGGCCAGGCCGCCGCCGCCGUUCCCGCCUCGGGCCGGCUGUACGACCUGUUUGAGAGCAUCGCCGACUUCCUCGGCGACGACGUCCUCUACUCGAGCACCGUCGUCUCCUCCACCCGCUACGACGCCACCCGCAACCCCAAGAAGGGCGUCUCGCUGACCGUGAGGGGCCCCGGCGGCAAGCUCACCUGCGUCGAGGCCAAGCGGCUGCUGGUCUCGAUCGAACCGACGUUGGCCAACAUGGCCCCCUUCGACCUCGACCGGUCGGAGCUGACGAUCCUGUCCAAGUUCCAAUACACCACCGUCUACGCCGGCAUUCUCCGGCACCCGUCGCUGCAGACGCUCAACGCCUACACCGGCCGCACCACCGGCCCGGCCUCGCUCAACUACACCGCCUUCCCCGUGGCGCCCCAGGUCGGCCGCAUCGACUACGUCGGCGACACCCAGGACCUGUUCCAGUUCACCGCCGUCGGCACCGCCGCCGACACGUCCAAGAUCAUGCAGGCGCUCCUGUCCGGGUCCAUCGACGCCAUGAUCGCCGCCGGCACCCUCCCGGCCGCGCCCGGCGGCAGCAGCGUCGACUACGCCAUCUUUGCCGACCACGGCCCCAUGCACGCCCGCGUCUCGGCCGCCGAGCUCCGCGCCGGCUUCAUCCAGCAGCUCUACUCCCUCCAGGGCCGCCGCAACACCUUCUACACCGGCGCCGCCUUCUCCGCCGGCUUCUCCACCGUCCUGUGGGAGUUCAACAAGGUGCUGCUGCCCAAGGUGGUCGAGGGACUCUGA